AUGUCAUCGGGCGCCCCCGCGGAGCGCCCCGACAAGCACCCCUUCUGCAUGUCGCGCGUGCACUACACUUCGCCCUCCGGCGCCGGCGGCGGCGGCGGUGGCGGCGGCGGGGCCGCGGUUUGGUUCGAGCCAGCUGAAGGCGGCUGCCGGUGGCGGCAGACCGCGUCCGAGGUCGAGAUCAUCUGCACACGGGUGCCCCCACAGCUUCCAGCGGCGCGCCUGGAGGUGACCUUCGAGCCGUACCGCCUGCGGGUGACGGACCGGGUGACGCGCGAGGUGUACCUGGAGGGGGCACUCGAGCGGGGGGUGGUGACGUCAGAGUGUGUGUGGACGCACGCCGGCGGGGAGGGCGAGGACGGUUGCCUGUUGACGCUGGCCAAGAUGAACCUCGAACUUUUCGAACGGCCUUGGCGGCACAGCGAGUGCUGGUGGCCGCGGCUGUUUGCUGGCGACGCGGCCGUCAUCGCCUGGGAUGAUGCCGACAAGGAUUACUCCGACCUGCCGCACGAGAUCGAGGCUCUGCGGCUGCGAGAGGAGGCCUUGGAGGAGGCGCAGCGGCACGUGGCCGCCGGAGACAAGCGCACGCGCGCACGCCUGCAGGAUCAGGAGGAGGGCCGCAGGCGCCGCAGGCAUGAGCGCCUCGCCGCCCUCAAGUCGGCCUGCUGGCGUGCGGCGGCCGCCGCCGCCGCCGCCGCGCCCAGCGGGGCAGCCGCCGCGCCGGCGGCCGCUGGCGUGGCGUGA